UCAAUUGACUUAAGGAUCUAAUUUUGGAUUUAAAACAUUGCCACAAAAAAGUGCCUAAUGGUAAUGGCCGUGAUUCUGUUGAUCGCUCUAGCACUUGUACUCUGUUGCUAUUGCGCCAUCAAUCGGCAAAAGAUAAAUGCGAUUUACCUGAAACCGCUGCUAAAGAAAACCCGUCAGCUGACCAAUAACACUGCCAACGAUAAUGCCGAUGUUAAUGGUAAUGCCAAUGCGAACGAUUGUUAUCAUGCCACGCCGAUACAGGGACGGCAGCGUCGCACCAUUUGGGAUAUUCCCGGUCCACAGCGCAUACCCUUUCUAGGCACCAAAUGGAUAUUCCUUGUGUUCUUUCGCCGCUACAAAAUGACGAAACUCCAUGAGGUCUACGCAGAUCUGAACCGGCAGUAUGGGGACAUUGUUCUUGAGGUAAUGCCCUCGAAUGUGCCGAUUGUGCAUUUGUAUAAUCGCGACGACUUGGAGCGUGUACUCAAGUAUCCCAGCAAAUAUCCAUUUCGUCCGCCCACCGAGAUCAUUGUGAUGUAUCGGCAAUCGCGUCCCGAUCGCUAUGCCAGUCUGGGCAUUGUUAACGAACAGGGACCAACGUGGCAGAAGCUACGCUCUUCCCUUACUUCCAGCAUAACCUCUCCACGCAUUCUGCAAAACUUUCUGCCCGCCCUGAAUGCCGUCUGUGAUGAUUUUAUUGAGCUGUUGCGAGCGCGACGCGAUCCCCAAAGCCAGGCGGUCCAUAAUUUUGAGGAACUCGCCAAUCUAAUGGGUCUGGAGGCGGUUUGCACCCUGAUGCUGGGUCGACGUAUGGGGUUUCUGGCGCCCAAUACCAAACAGCCACACAAGAUCAGUCAAUUGGCGGCAGCUGUGAAGCAGCUCUUUAUUUCACAGCGAGACUCGUACUAUGGUCUGGGACUGUGGAAAUACUUUCCCACCAAGACUUAUAGGGACUUUGCGCGAGCCGAAGACUUGAUAUAUGAUAUUAUAUCCGAGAUCAUAGACAAUGAGCUGGAGCAGCACAAGAAUACGGCCGCUUGUGAGGAUGAGGACGCAGCAGGUCUGCGUAGCGUAUUCCUGAACAUACUGGAGCUGAAGGAUUUGGACAUACGCGACAAGAAGUCGGCCAUUAUAGACUUUAUAGCAGCGGGCAUUGAAACGUUAGCCAACACAUUGCUUUUUGUGCUCAGCUCCGUGACAAGCGAGCCGCAAGCCAAGCUCCGGAUUCUGGAUGAGUUUUGUGAGUAUCGCCACACGAACAUCUUGCAAGAUGCGCUGACCAAUGCCACCUAUACCAAGGCAUGCAUACAAGAGUCCUAUAGGCUGAGGCCGACGGCUUUUUGUCUGGCACGGAUUCUUGAGGAGGACAUGGAGUUGUCCGGCUAUUCGCUAAAUGCCGGCACUGUGGUGCUCUGUCAGAAUAUGAUUGCCUGCCACAAGGAUCGUAAUUUUCACGAGGCCAAACAAUUUUCCCCAGAGCGUUGGAUCGAUGCGUCUGGAAAUUUUACAGUGAAUGUGGACAGUGCCAGUAUUGUGGUGCCGUUCGGAGUUGGUCGCCGUACGUGUCCCGGCAAACGUUUUGUCGAAAUGGAGGUGGUGCUGUUGCUAGCGAAGCUUGUGCUCGCCUUUGAUGUGGAUUUUGUGGAACCACUUCAAACGGAAUUCGAGUUUUUGUUGGCGCCUAAAACGCCGCUCAGUUUGGUGCUGCGCGAUCGAACAUUCUGACUGUGGC